AUGGAUAUGCUGCUGGAGAAGCUCGGUGUCGAGGAGACACCUGGUCAAUAUGAGAUAACUGCCCGAGGUGAUCUAACUGGUGGUGAAGACAAUGACGGGCUGAGCACUACUCAAGUAGAGAAGCCCAGCUUUAGUGAGCAACCUGGGGCAAUUGCUCCUGGGGAUAUGGUUGAGGUCUCAGACAAUGAAGGCCUAAGCACUGCCCGAGGAGAUGAGCCUGGCCUUAGUGAGCAACCUGGGGCAGUUGAUCCUGGUGAUAUGGCCGAGGGCUCAGGAGAUGAAGGCUCGAGCACUGCCCGAGGAGAUGAGCCUGGCCUUAGUGAGCAACUUGGGGCAGCUGCUCUUGGUGAUAUGGCCGAGGGCUCUGACGAUGAAGGCCCGAGUACUGCCAGAGGAGAUGAGCCUGGCAUUAGUGAGCAACCUGGGGCAGCUGCUCCUAGUGACAUGGCCGAGGGCUUAGGCAAUGAAGGCCUGAUCAUUACUCAAGAAAAGAAGCUCAGGGAGCCUGGUGACAUGGGCUUUGAGAUUGCGCCCCCUGAGCCGGCCAUCACUAUGGCCAUCGUUUCUUAA